AGAGAGGGGUGGAGGGCACUAAGUGGAGGUCAGUGGGGGGGUUGGCAGAGAGGGGUGGAGGACACUGAGUGGAGGCCAGUGGGGGAUUGGCAGAGAGGGGUGGAGGACACUGAAUGGAGGCCAGUGGAGGGAUUGGCAGAGAGAGGGGUGCAGGACAAUGAAUUGAGGCCAGUGGAGGGAUUGGCAGAGAGGGGUGGAGGACACUGAGUGGAGGCCAGUGGAGGGAUUGGCAGAGAGGGGUGGAGGACACUGAAUGGAGGCCAGUGGGGGAUUGGCAGAGAGGGGAUGGAGGACACUGAAUGGAGGUUAGUGGAGGGAUUGGCAGAGAGGGGUGGCGGAUACAGAACAGUUAGUAAGGUGGAGGGGAUAGCCUGCGAUGAGGUCGGCCAAUGAGGAGGGA